CCUCGCUCUCGGCCGCCUCUCCCGCAGCCGGCUCCUCCUCCGCGCUCUCCCCGCUAACUUUCCCGGUCCUGCGGGCGCACCGCGCUCCCGGCAGGCGGGGCCACUGCAGACCGCGGGCCGCCGGCUCGCUGCGCCCUGGGUCCCAUCCCCGCGCCCCUGGCGCGCUCUGCAGAGACCAGCGCCAUGCCCGGGGCCGGGGGCCGCAGCGCAGCCCCGGUGAGAUGGCUGGGCGCUGGGAUUUUGGGUCUCUUCCUGCUGCCCGCGGCCCUGGCGCUGGAGGUGUCGGUGGGGAAGGCCGCCACCAUCUACGCUGUCAACGGCACGGAGGUCCUGCUGCCCUGCACCUUCUCCAGCUGCUUCGGCUUCCACAACCUGGCCUUCUCCUGGUCCUACAACAGCAGUGACGCCUUCCGGGUGCUCCUAAGCGGGACCGUGAAGAACGAGAAGUCGGACCCCAGGCUGCACCUGAGGAACGACGACCGCAUCACGCUGGAGGGCUCCACCAAGGAGAAGAUGAACAACCUGUCCAUCCUGCUGCGGGACCUGGACUUCGGCGACACCGGCCGCUACACCUGCCACGUGCGGAACCCCAAGGAGAAGGACCUGCAGCACCAGGCCACCAUCUUCCUCCAAGUGGUGGAUAAGCUGGAGGAAGUGGACAACACGCUGACACUCAUCAUCCUGUCGGUGGUGGGCGGCGUCGUUGGGCUCGUGGUCCUCAUCCUGCUGAUCAAGAAGCUAGUCACCUUCAUCCUCAAGAAGACCCAGGAAAAGAAGAAGGAAUGCCUUGUGAGCUCCUCAGGGAAUGACAACACGGAGAACGGGCUGCAGGGCUCCAAGGCCGAAGAGAAGGCACCCAGCAAGGCAUGAGCCUGGGGGCCACAGCCCAGGGCGCCCUGUGAGGGGGACUCGCAGGCCUGUGGGCCGCCUGCCUGACGCUGCUGCUUGGCUCAAACUCUCGUUUUCCUGUGGGAGCGGGUCCUGUCCGGCCUGCCACCCGGAGAAGGGGUGGGGUGCGGUGGGAGGGUCCGGUGGGGGCCAGGCCUCACCCCUGGGCAGGUGGCGCUCCUCUUCCCGGUGGCAGAGGAUGUGGCCCCAGGCUUCUCCUGGAGCCGGCGCCCUGGGAGCACGAACCCUUCUGGGGCACAUUGGCCUCAGGGACCCUGGCAGGGUGUGGGGUGGGGCUGGAGGGGGCAGGGAGAGGCUCUGAUGGGUUCCCCACCCCCUGCCCCCGUCCACCACCCCUGCCAGCCCUUCCCGGGGCACAGGGGGCCCAUCCUGCUUGGGCGCCGCCCCCUCUGCUGUGGGUGCUUCGGUGCCCUCACACCUGCUCCCCUGACUCAGGGUUGUGUGUGGG